AUAUUUCAUUUCCGGGAGUUUUAAAAAUGUCAAAUUCUGGAACAAAAGAUGAAAUUCCUCAAAAGAAAAUGAGGAUGGACCAAUCCAACAUUAACAGUCAUGAAUCUGAUAUCCUGGAGAGCUUACAAGGCUUCAAAGUUGAGAAAAUACUCAACGAAAAUGCUCAAACGAAAACAAUGUUUGUACAUGGAAAAUUUGAAAAUUCUGAAGACAAUGCCGUUGUUAUUGUUGAGAAGACAGCUUUCAGUGAGAAGAGUAUAAGAGGUGUACUGUCAGGCGAUACAACCAUGAAGAAUACCCUGAAGAAUGACAUCUAUGGAACAUAUGAAGUUUAUCCCAAACCCGAGUUCAAUGAAAUAAAGACAACUGUUAUCUAUCCUGCCACAGAAAAGCACAUUGCCAAAUAUACUGGGCAGCCUGUAUACAUGGUCCAGGAGACUCCUGAGUUAUACAGUGACAUCACACUACCUUAUUUAAAUGCAGAGAACUUUAGUAUACAGUGGGUCUAUAACAUAUUGGAGAAAAAGAAAGAAUCAGAAAGGAUUAUCUACGAGGAUUCACACCCUGAAACUGGGUUCAUUUUACUACCAGAUAUGAAGUGGGAUCAGAAACAGACUGACAAUCUCUACCUGAUAGCGAUAUGUCAUAAACGUGGCAUCAAAUCUCUACGUGAUCUCAAUUCUUCCCACCUGCCUCUCCUGAGGAACAUUCUCACCAGAGGAAAGAAAGCGAUCAAAGACACGUUUGAUGUAGAUGGCUCUCAACUGCGAAUUUACAUCCAUUACCAGCCGUCAUACUAUCACUUUCACGUCCACUUCACGCACCUCAAGUUUGACGCACCUGGCUCAAACGCAGGACGCGCCCACUUACUCAGUGAUGUCAUAGACAAUAUAGAACUAAGAAAUGACUUUUAUCAGAAAAAGACUCUGAAUUUUAUCCUUCGAGAAAAUGAAGGCUUGUUCAAAAAAUUCCAGGAAUCAGGUAAGGUCUUGGAUUCUUUUUCAUAGGAUUGGAGAUAGAUAAGCAUCAAAUGCAAGUUACUAUGGAAACAGAGUAUUAUUUCACUGUGAGAAAAUACCAUCAUAUCAUUCUUAUAUAAGAUUAAUAGCUUAAUUAAUAUCUUAAUGUCAUGUCAGAAGCUAGUGACAGGAUUCUUGAGGUUCUGGAUUGAGAUUAUAUAUAUAGAAUCAUGAGUUCAAAUUAGGGUCACCACUAAUGAAUGAUCAAAACAAGUUCUGUAAAUCCAUGACAAGAUGCAUACACAACUUACAAUAAAUAGAAAAAGAUUUAAUUGUUUUCUCUUGAGUUUAUUAACAUGGUCCAAUGAAUAAUUCUGUAAUUAUCAUUUAA